AUGCGUACGACCAUGGACAGCCUUCCCACGGAAUCUGUCAGGCAUAUAGCCGAGUUCAUACACCUUGAACAUCCCCGUAGUCUGUGUGACUUCUCGCUGGUCAACCGGAGGUGCCACGCAGCUGCAAGCACUUGGAAACUCCGCAACAUCCGCUUCGACGUUACUAGCCGGACGAAGCUUCGGCACGAUGUUGAAAGGUGCGUUGAAAUUCUUCGUCAGAGCCAGAGUCUGCAACAUGUGCGCGGGCUAGAGAUCAACGGGAUGAUGCCACGGCGGCUGCAGGAUGAGCUCCCGGACCAAGAACAAGAUUGGACGCUGAACGAUGACACUUGGUACGGUACCGAUGAGGUCUUCGGCGAUAGUGAGGACGCCGUGUUUGUUGCCGAUGGCCCUGUAGCCAUCCUACCCGAAGAGGAUGAGGCUUGGGCCCCAGUAGUCGAACUACUGCACCUGCUACCCCGUCUCAAGCAUUUCGUUUUCAACUGUACCAACCAGUUUCCCCCCUGUUUGCUGGCUGCCCUCCACGAACACCAAUCACAGUGCGCGCUACAUCUUGGGAAGUUCCGGUUCCGCAGCCUCGGUCAGGAUACCCCAGACGCGCAUGAAAUGGCAGUGGCCACGUCCUCUUCACUACAAAGCAUUGGCGUGCGAUGGGUAUUUCGAGAUUCUAAUGGCCUCGACGACUACAAUGAAGAGGCGGUGGUGAGCCUCAUCGGGGGCUUAGCCCCAAACUUGAAAACCCUCAGGAUGGUGCAUUGUAGGGCGGCGUCCUCAGCGGCCUUGCAUCGCGCUCGAGGUACUCCUCGCAAGCCUUGGAGCGGCUUUGGAAAGGGAUUCUGGACCAACCGUCUGCCAAAGGGUUCAGAGACUGUUCCGGCAUCUCUCGAGUCCUUGACACUGAGUGGAUAUGGUCCGAUAACAUCCGAGUAUCUCGUUAAAUGGCAGAAACACACUCCAUUUGCGGCACUACGCUAUCUUGACCUUCAAGCGGGCGUCAACGGUGAAGCAUUGCGAUGGGCAGCUGUAAAUGCUUCCUUCCCUCAACUCAGUGAACUAAGGAUCAAGAUUGACCGCGACGAUGAGACAGAGCCUAAGCCAGAUUUUGCUUCCGACUGUGUGGCAUUUUUCUCCAGCCUGCUUCCCCUCGACAAACUACUGCUUUCAGGCUCAAUAGAUCCUGAAGUAUUCGACUGCAUCGUCGGCCGUCAUGGCAAGACCCUGAGGCAGCUCUCCCUCUCGCCACACGAAUCAUCAUAUUCAACCACACGCUGCGAUCGCCCGACCGUGUUCACUAGAGACGAUGUAAUCCAACUUCAAGCAUCUUGUCCCGUCCUAGAAGAGCUAGCAAUGCCAAUAAAGCGCUACAAAGGAGGCAAGCCCGAAGUUGAAAUCUACCGGACGCUGGGUAAAAUGAAAUGGCUCACGACUUUGUUCCUGAACUUGGACUGCUCCAACACAUCUGUUUUGCUUGACGGCGAUGAGACACCAAAUGAUCCCUCGUUCGACAGUUAUAUGCAGGAGUUCUGGGGUUCUGGUUUGCAAAGACGUCCAAGAAAUGGGCAUGUUCGUGAUGCCCUGGUCAACUCUGCUGUUGACGAACGUCUAGCGAGAGCUAUUUGGGAUACCAUUAGUACCGCAAGGGUCGGCAGGUCACUCAAAUCAUUGAAAUUAUGGGCGCACAGCGGUGCCAGCUUUGGAGAUAGCAGUUACCAAACCGACCUGAUGAAUAUGAUUCAGCACCUCAGUCGAGCAUAUCUUGUAGAGCGAAGCGUGCGAGAUGACGACGAUAGCAUAUCAGUACAAGAGCUCGGUAAACGAGCACGAGAGGCGAGAGACGAAAUGGAACGCCAGCGCGAGCGAGAUAUAGAAAGGCGAUGGGGUGACAAGCGCACCGACGAGCGCCCAGGUUUGGCUUUGCAAAUCUUCCGGAGAAUAUGGCCAGCCAGAAACGGAAGCCAGGAUUGGCGCGCCGAUUGGGAGAGCCUUCCAUUGCAAAUUUGA